GCCACCAACGAGGGAGCCAGCAUCCCUGUGGCUGCUACCAUACCGGUCAUUUCAGCCCCGGUGUUGCCUCUGGGUCUGAGCUCUGUCCCGACGGCCAGCGUGAUCAGUCCCUUCGCGACCUCCGUCCCUUCCGCUGGACCAAGGGUCACGUUCCCACCAAGCAUGGCUCAGUUCUUGAACGACCCAGCCAACCUACAAGCCAUCCAGGGCUUUGGCCAGGUCAUGGCCAUGUGCCAGCAGAACGGGGGGAUGCCUUUCCUCCCUGGGCCGUCGCGUCCCCCGCAAGCUACGAAUCCGCAGAUCACUCCUGACGGUCAUUGCGUCUCGAUUGAGAGCGAUGACGGCGAGUGGGACAUCCCGAGGGCCCACAAGAAGAAGAAAGGAAAAAACAUCCGGCCAGCGACCUCCCGAAACUCCGCCUUCGAAAGGCUAGGGGAUAGGGAGGAAGGCCAGAGGAAGUCAGCCAAGCAGAGGCUGGGGCAGAGUGUUGCCCAUGUCAGCGCAUUCGCCCGGCUAGGCGAGGUGCAGGAGGCCGAGCCUGCCCGCACCCGGCGCUCCCGGUCUAACCGGCAGGAGCCAGCGAGGACGAGGGCCUCCCACCAGGAAGGGGAGGCAGAAAGCCAGCCCAGGUUACCGGUGGCGAACCGGUUAACCAUCCCAAACCACCGCGUCCAAUAGAUGGAGGCAAAGCUGGAAAGGCUGGAAAAGAAGGUCGGGAAGAAGAAUGACCGGGACAAACCCCUAGCAGGGUCCCCGUUCACCGCGAGGGUCCAUCUGACACCUUUCCCGCGAAAGGUUAAGAUCGAUGCCCCCAGAUUCACCGGGAAGGAAGAUCCGGAAAUCCAUUUGGACUCCUUCAACCAGAGUACGACCAUGAACGGUUGCACCGAUGAAGAAAAGUGCCUUCUUUUC